UUGUGGAAGCCAUUUUGAAUCUUAGAAGUCGAAGUCAACACAUCAGCUAGAUGAAGCUCAGAAAGAGAAAAUCGAAGAAGAUGACGAAGAAAAGAUGAAAAUGAAUCCGGAAAACGAGCGAAAGUUGUGGCGGAACUGGAUGUUCCUAAAACAGGAACUUCCGGUUCUGGAAAUAACAGACAAAAUGAUAGAGGCCGGGAUUUAUACGGAAGAAAACAAGAAGGACAUAAAUAACGUUAAACCGAACACGAAAUUGAUGCGGGCUGAGAGGUUUCUUAAUAUUUUGUUGGAAACGGGAGACAAGGGAUAUGAAACUUUUUGUCAUUUCCUCCGCCAAGAGUCUUCUGGAAGAUUUGAGGAAAUCAACGAAAAAAUGGAGAUCGCUGUUCAUAAGGAACCAGUUACUGAAGAUCCUGCAGCCGCCGGAGGUUCUUGUGACCAGAACCAUACUGAAAUAUCUGCAAACCUCCUUGCCGACAGACAAAAUACAAUGAACAGCAGACAGUCAUCUUCCAUUUCUCGCGCCAGUACUAAUGUGUCGUUUGCUGCUGAUCCCGUCCAAGCAGCCGCUUCCGUGCAAGCUGCAGCGGCAGUUAUGGCAAAUGUAGGUGUGAACGAGUCCGGAGUAGACUUGAAACUUUUGGAAACUGAACUUGUGCGCAUUGCACCAACAAUUGCUGAACUUUUCCAAAAAAUAGUUCAGACAACAAAACAGACGAAUCCAAGUUGGGAUGAACUGCAGAGAGUGAAAGCAGACAAUGAGAGGUUGCGAAAAUCUAAUCGGGCUCUUAUUGAAAAACUCAACACAUUCCAAAAGCAAAUCAUUCAGCUUCAGCUUGAAAACAAAAAACUUCGUGACAAAGGCGUAUGCGAAACUGAGACUAAGGGAGAGCUCGACAGGAAAGCUGAAGAAUUAGAGAAACUGAAACAAAAGUUAGAGCAACAGAAACAAGAGCUGGAAGAAAAAGACCAGGAGCUGAAUGAACAACUCCAGAAAAUCAAAGAUAUUGAGGACGAGAACGAAAGACAAAAGGUUCAGAUUCUAAACCUUCAAGUUCUUCAUGAUGAAGGCGUCAGCGAAAGAUCUCGUCAGCAGAUUCAAAUCACAGAACUGCGCGAGGAAAAGGAAAAACAGAAUAACAAGAUUGCACAUCUGGAGGAAAUGCAGAAAAAGGACGAGGACCGCUUGGAGCGUUUGGAGGCGCGUCUUCGAUUGCUGGAGCAGCUCGCUCCCGCCUCGACCCGUGGUACAUCGUACGGUGCCCCGCGUCGCCGGAAUGCACGGGUUGUAUCUCCUCCCCGCGCCAUGCCCUGGAUGAGCGGGGUCGUGAAUCGAUCGCAUCACGCCAACGUGAAGUUCACACCACCUCCACCACGAGGCGGUGUCGGAGGGAAGACCCAAGAAAAGGGAUGGUCGUUUUGAGUUUAUCUCAUAUGGAAAACGAAGUCAAUUGGAAUAACAAAUAUAUGUAGUUUAUUCGACUGAACAUGGAAAAACUGCCUCCUUUGUAUCUAAAGACUAUAUGCUUUUGAAAAUAUAAACUUGAGGCAGCAAAGUGUAUCAAUUUACUGGCAUCCAUCUUUUUUUAAGUCAGUGCUUUACAUUUUUAUUUUUUUAAAUUCCUGUACUCUAUAUUUGCACGUUUUAAAGUUAACGCAAUGCCUUUAGAACAGUUUGAUCACAGAAGACGUGCACAGAAGCUUGAAGGUUGUUUCAAAGACAGCGGUACAGGUGAUCUUUGUUAGACAUUCAUUAUCAUGUUACAUCUUAUAUUGUCAAUAAAACAUUUAAUAAAGCAUCGAUAAUAGCA